UAGCAUAAACAGAUGGGGCCUUCUUCUCUGUCAAGAAAUAAGAAGCAGAUGUGCAUUCCUUCGACAAAGGGAAGAGCGGCUCGAAGAGGAGACCAAAAUGCAUGACAUUCUUGGCACAGUGAUUUUGUGCUAAAAUGAGGUUCGGGUCGUUAAUACCGUUGCUCCUCCUGGCCUUGGCGCUCGGAGCCGCCGCCCAGCAGCCGGACAUCGGCAGCUUGAUCAGUCAGGACCUGUUCAACGAGAUGCUGAAGCAUCGGAAUGACGGGAAUUGCCCCGGCAAAGGGUUCUACACCUACGACGCAUUUAUCACGGCUGCGAAGUCGUUCGGCGGGUUCGGGACAACGGGCGACACGGACACAAGGAAGCGAGAGAUCGCGGCAUUUUUGGCUCAGACAUCGCACGAAACCACAGGUGGAUGGGCAAGUGCACCGGACGGUCCAUAUGCAUGGGGAUAUUGCUUCUUGCAAGAGCAAGGCAAUCCUGGAGACUAUUGCGUUGCCAACCAACAAUGGCCUUGUGCUCCUGGCAAGAAAUACUAUGGCCGUGGUCCUAUCCAAAUCUCUUACAACUACAACUACGGCCCGGCGGGUAAAGCCAUCAACUCCGACCUCCUGACCAACCCGGACGCGGUCGCGACCGACCCGGUCAUCUCGUUCAAGACGGCCCUUUGGUUUUGGAUGACGCCACAGUCGCCAAAGCCCUCAUGCCACGCCGUCGUCACCGGCCAGUGGCAGCCGUCCGCUGCGGAUAGUGCGGCGGGGCGGGUCCCCGGCUACGGGGUCAUCACCAACAUCAUCAACGGCGGGAUCGAGUGUGGGAAGGGCUCGAACCCGCAGGUGGAGGACCGGAUCGGGUUCUACAAGAGAUACUGCGACUUGCUGAAGGUGGGAUAUGGCAACAAUCUGGAUUGCUACAACCAAAGGCCAUUUGCCUAGUUUUAUCACUAGAUCGAAGUCAUUGCUCACGUAGUGGUGACCAAUAAGCUGAAAUGUACUCGUCCUGCGUAUUAAGCUACGACUGCUAGGUGUUUAUCCACACGUGAAGGGCUAAAUAAAGGAUAUUGACCAUUCUGUUA